GACUUUCACAUGAGGUUCGAAAAGAUGAGACAACAUCCACGUAAACCAGAGCAAAUACACCAAGAAAGUUCCCAAGAUGCCUGUGACUAUCAAAGCAAAUAUCAAAGAAAAGAUAAUUCAGACAAAACCACUCAAUCAAGAUGAUUUUGCAACUUUUGGGACCGUGAUUCAAAAUCCCGCACCAGCGGUGAUCCCAUCAUCAACAAUCAAAACCUUCCCACCCAACGCGGUACAAGCCAACCAAGGCACCGCACUCAAAUACCUAGAUGUCACGCAUAUGAAAGAUUACUACGGGAGCGCUCCUAGUCAACGGGUCGCGAAUGCAGUCAUGAACAUGUUUGUAUGCGCACCUCGCUCGCUUCUCCCGUCUCACGAUAGCAAUAUCGAGGGGUUGUUCCCGGUCACCAUAUUGGAAAGACAUCCUUUCACGACCCAAACAUUCAUACCUCUCGGGAUAUCACCCUCGGAGCAAGAAGAUGUAUGUUACUUGGUUGUCGUAGCACCGACUCUAACGCCGUCAUCAGUCGAUGAAACCUUACCCGUCCCCGUUCUCUCCCCUCAAACGAGCACGAGUGGUGAUAAUGUCGAGAACCUGCCCGGUCGCGGUUUACCGGACCUGAAUAGAAUUCAGGCUUUCUUAGCGAAUGGCUCGCAGGCGGUCACCUAUGGAGCGGGGACCUGGCAUGCUCCGAUGGUGGUCGUGGGAAAGAAGCCCAUUGAUUUCGUUGUGGUGCAAUUUGCCAACGGGGUAGGAAUUGAAGAUUGUCAAGAGGCAGAGCUGGAAACAACGGAUAAGGAUAUAUGCGUGGCAGUACCCAAAUUGUCAAGGAAUGCGACAUGGAAAUUAUGAGUGCUUUCGGGUCUAGAUCUCGUUGAGAAUGGACGGGUACUACAAAAUGAUGUUCUUGUUUGCAGUAAUUACAAGUGAGAUCUUCAAAAGUAUCUACGCCUCAUAGAUUUCACCACCAGUCCCAUUCUUUGCAAUCCCGUGGUAGCAAAGACGUUGAUGCACAUCAUCUCCAUUGCCUUGGUAACUAUUGAUCGUUAUUGCUUUGGACUCGGGAUAAGUAGCACCACCGUCGAUGAUUUGCAGGUAUCUUUGGUACUUAAUGUAGGUCGGCGACCUAGACUGUCGUCCACGAUAUGUACCUAUAGAGGUCCCCGAUGCCUAUGCAAUGGAAGAAUACAAAUUUUCACAUGUAUAUCAGAACUAUGAGGAUAAAUAUAAUGCCGUUCCAAUGUGGGCAGCCCUCCAGAUCUCGAUGAUUCUAAUUGACAAUGUAUUCCGAAAUGAUGCUCUCAGAUGAGAACCCGAAUCUCUGGAGUCACAAAGUAGCGUUGCAAUGCAGAAAGACUAUUAAUCCGAGCGACAACAUUAUUGAUUGAUAUGAAUCGCUGUAGACA